UGCAUCGUUUAAUUUGUGUGUUUAUUUAUUUAGCUUAAGUUAUUAUUUUUUUUACAGUAUUCUACAGUAGACAGUGGAGUUUGUUUACGCUCUAAUCCGCCCCCUGGCGGCGCUAUGAUGGUUCUGCAACACUUCUUCCGAAACUGAAAGUAUGAAAAAAGAACAGUAAAAACCAGGAAACUGCUCAGUCAACAAAUGAAGAGAAAAAAAAGUAAUCGGUUAUCUAUCUAAGACAGUACGGUACGCCGAAUCGUACAAACCACUCGCAAAUAUGAGUCGAAGUCUGCAUGACGAAAUUGAGCUGGAGAAAAGCAUCCGCCGCCUACGGGAGAAAUUCUAUGGCAAGGUUACGGUGGAGAAAGCAGCGGUGCUGAUGCGGCGCUAUCACAACAACCACGACCUGGUCUGCAAGGACAUCAUCCUCAUGAAGGACCUGAAUCUUGAUGCGCAAGACAGGGAUACCUUGAUGAACGACGCUGUGGUUCGGAAUGUGGUGGAGAGAAUCCGAAAUGCAGACCGCCAGCCCUCGCAGAACGUCAGACCCCCUGGACCCAGGGCUCCAAAUGACCGGGACAUCCAGGAAAUCGGAGAGGGGCUGCGCGUGCUGACCCUGACUCAGAGGAACCUGCACAUGUUUGAUAACGCCCAGAGAAACCUCAUUCCCUCAGAGGACUGCCAGUUUGCCUGCCAGGGAUGUGACAAGGUCUGGUGGAGGCGAGUCCCGCAGAGGAAGAAGGUCUCCCGGUGCCACGGCUGCGGAAGAAAGUACGACCCCGUGCCGUACAACAGCAUGUGGGGCGCGGCAGAGUUCAACUGCCCCGGCUGCCAUCGCUCCUUCAGAGGCUACGGGAUGAUGGGUGUGUUGUCUCCGUGCUAUAACUGCCACAUGCCCGUGGGCCCCUCUCGAAUCCUGCCCCCCAGGAGGACCCCUGGACCCCGGAUGAGGAACCUGCACAGCUGCUGUGCUGAGGACUGCUAUAACCGCAGGAACCCUACUAUUCCUGGUGCGGAGUGCGUUCACCCCCGCAGUCGACGCCACAACCACAAGCCCAUGGUGGUGCACCCCAGCCCCCUGCACUGUAGCUCAGGUUCCACGGUGGCCACCUGUCUGAGCCAGGGCAGCCUUCUGGAGGGGGACCUGGACGACCUCAUCAUGGAUGACCUGACUGAGGAGGAGGAGGAGGAGGAGGAGGAGGAGGAUGAAGAUGGAGGGGAGAACGGAGAGCCCAGCGAGGGCUAGACUAGAAAAAAAACACAGUGCUGGGGAAGAGGGGGCAAGAGGGACAAAUCUCACAGCAGUCCAAUUUAAAUUCAGGGUUUUGUACGUAUCAGGUCCUGGAAGCAGAGGGCCAUGAAUAAGCCUGUAUUUUUCUUCACUGUUAUCGCGGAUUUCCGUGAAAUGCAUCCAUCGCCGUGUAAUAUGUACAGCCUAUAUUUUUGCAUCACCCUAUAGAAUGAACUAAUGUUGCUUCUUAAAGUCAAAUGAAACCUGCUGAAUAACGUUACGUUAACAUAUUGCAUUACACACCGCUUUGUAGUUUUCCAUAUACUUAACAAAAAACGUUAAAAUGUGACAUUUUGAAAUUUAACAUGAAAUACUGCACUACUAUUAUGGCGUCCUGUAGACGUCUGCGAUAUCAUUUCGUAGUUUCUUUGAUUGCAUGAAGUUAAAUUAAAGAUAUGAUGUUUAUAUA